CUACUGCGAUCUGCGGGCGUAUUACACAGUUGCAUCCACCGUGCAUCGCGCUUUCUUCGAUGUGUGCAGCAGAGUUACUUACCACAGAGAGAAGCGAACCGUCGAAGAGCCAGACAAGUUCUUGACCCACGACCACCAGCGCAACGAGCUCGACGACAGUGACGACGAGUGCAGCGCAAAAUUUACAAUUGGUAAUUAAGCACUUGUAAGUGAAUCUCCAUCGGGAUCAGUCGCAAUCGUCCCGUUGUAACCGAUAAAGCUAUACGUAUACUCGUUGGUAACAGUUCGAUCUGAGUUAAUCGAGAAGCGGUUAAUCUAGUGCACAAUGGUGAUCAAUUUUGGAGCCGGUCCGGCCAAGUUGCCCCGCGAAGUCCUGCUCGAGGUCCAGAAGGAACUCGUCGAGCAGGGAUCGAGCGGAAUGAGUGUGAUGGAGAUGUCCCAUCGGGGAUCUUCGUACAUGAAACUGCACAACGAUACGGUUGACUUGGCUCGGGAACUUCUCAAGGUUCCCGACAACUACAAAGUUCUGCUGAUGCAAGGCGGUGGCACUGGAUUGUUCGCCGCCGUUGCCAUGAACUUGAUCGGUCGAACCGGAACGGCUGACUACGUGGUGACUGGAUCUUGGUCGGCCAAGGCGGCUAAGGAAGCCGCAAAAUACGGAAAGGUGAACCAAGUUGUUGCCAAGCCAGACAAGUUCACACGUGUUCCCGAUCAGAAGGAGUGGAAACUGGACCCGAAGGCUUCGUACGUCUACUACUGUGACAACGAAACAAUCGAGGGCGUGGAGUUCAACACCGCUCCGGACACGAAUGGAGUCCCUCUGGUGGUGGAUAUGUCUUCCAACAUCAUGUCCAGACCAGUUGACGUGAAGAAGUUCGGCGUUAUCUUUGGUUGCGCCCAGAAGAACAUCGGCCCUGCCGGAAUCACUCUGGUCAUCGUUCGGGAAGACCUUAUCGGACAUCAACUGCCUAUCACCCCCACAAUCCUCGACUUCUCAAUCGUGGCGAAAGACAACUCCAUCAACAACACUCCACCGACCUUCAUCAUCCACGUGGUUGGCCGAGUGUUCGCCUGGAUCAAACGUCACGGCGGAGUCGAGAGCAUGUACAAAGCAUCUCUCACCAAGUCCAACAUGGUCUACGACGUGAUUGCCAACUCCAAGGACUUCUACUACUGUCCGGUCGAGCGCAGCGUACGCAGCCGCAUGAACGUCCCCUUCCGCGUCGGCGGACCCGGCGGCAACGAAGCGCUGGAAAAGGAGUUUCUCAAAGGAGCCGAGGCCCUCGGAAUGCAGCAACUGAAAGGUCAUCGCUCCGUCGGAGGCAUCCGAGCGUCCCUCUACAAUGCCGUCUCCGUCGAGGAAGCGAAAGCCCUCCAGAGUUACAUGCUGGAUUUCCUCGCGAAGAAUUCGUAAAACCUAACCUCAUUUAUUCCAAUCAAUAAAGACUCAAAACUAUUCUA